AUGCUGAUGAGCGUUGUUGACCUGGGAAAGUUGAUGCUGAUAUCAAACAAGAAGGAUUUCUCAAUAUAUGACAGUACAAAACGACCAGAAUCACUCAAAUAUCCUGAAUCAUUCAAAGCGUCACUGGUGCAGGCGGCUAGUGCAGAACGCAAGGCAUUCGACUCGGCAAACCGAACUGUGCGCAUCAUUGGCAAUGAUGCGCGUAGAAUUCCUGUGAUUUUCAGGAACGUUUUCCGCAUUAUUGAAAAUCCG